CACACAUCGGUCUUCGAUAGUCGCCUUGCAAAUACCGAAAGAAAACCUUUUGAUGGCGAUGUCUUGGAAUCUGGUGCGAUUUUGAGGAGUCCUUUGGCGAUCAUGAGUUGACAAGCUGAGCUUUACAGUAUAACCAAAGCAAACCAUGUCUGCAAAAGGGUAACAUUUUUUAAUUAGGCACAGAAACAGUGUGGUGUUGUAAAAUUUCUGAUACUUUAAUUGGCCUAAGCUUAAUAUGCAUAUGUCGAACUAGUUGGCUUCUUCUAUCUGACAUUUUAAGGAGUGAGCUACGGAAGUUAAGCGAAGAAAGCUUAACGAGACCGCCAGAAGAAGUCUUUGAUGUUUUGGAAAAGCUGGGAGAAGGGUAAGCUUAAAGGCUAAUCUUUAAUCCGGUUGUGAAAUGAAUUCUAAAAAAUUAUUCUAGAAUUCUGCUCAAUAUUUUUAAUUGUCACGUUUUCACGUUUAUUUUUGUCCCAGGGGCUAUUCUCGUUAUAUAUCGAAUUUAUAAACAUCGUAAUUAGUCGUUAUUACUUUCUUUGUAGCUCUAAGUACAACACCCACGACAAAAGUAAACUUGAAAUUCCACCAUAUAUUCAGCAUUAAUUUUAGCAUAUUUUGUAUCUUCCUUAACCUAAUUCAUUUUAUUCCUGUUCUUAACUGACAAAUGACUGACAUCUGUAUGAUAUGUCUAAGAUGAAGUAACAUCUACUCUAUUUAUUUGGCUUUAAGCCUGAUGUGAUUAAAGUGGCAAGUAAGGAGAGGGUAUUCAAAUAAAAAUAGGUUCUAACAGGAACUUUUUUUUUCUUGCAUAAGAAAACUUUUCCCAUACUUGAAAAUUGUAUGAAAAUACCCAAAAGUUGUACAAAAGCCUGGACAUGAGAAAUAACGCUACACUCAAAUUUCCAUUAAGUGGCCCUGUGUUAAAUGGCCGCUUAUCAAAUUCCUGGAAUUUGCUUCCCAUAUUUACUGUUAGGGGCUAUUCACAUGAUACGAGAAUGACAUUCCUUCUGGAAUGAGUUCAUUCCAUCUCAAUAUAUAUAUUUUCUUAUUUCGUUUCCGUACAAGACAUUCCAAGAUGAGUUUGUUCCACUGUUCAAUCUGAAUGAAAUUCUUGUUCUGGUACGGAAUUUCGUUCUGGUAUCAUGUAAACUGAAAACGAACUGUGAUCUGGAUUAGAAAAAUUGCAAAUUUUGUGCUUUGGGGUGAGUGGUGCAUGCUAUCUGAUCUGGUGCGAAAACCAUGCGAGUGAGAAUGCCUUAGGCUUAGGCUCGAUUUCCGCCUUCUCCCAGGUUCAGCCUUUGAUCCUUCAUGAAGAGAGACUCUUUUGGAGGGGAUGAGUGCAGGCUCAUUUUCUCAAACGCUGGCUGGUAAUGGAGGUCAUCUUAGGGGAGCCAGUCUAUUUUAUCAUGUGAAUGCAGCAUGAACUUUAUAUCUGGAAUGAAACUCAUUCAGGAAUAAAAGUCGCUGCGGUACAAUAUAAUCAGCCCAUUAAUUUGACCUCUGUUGUGUGGUCAUCUGUUUAAAGAGGAUAUAGUCACCAUCUAGACUUCCCAGUAAAUUAGCCAAUUAUUAGGGAGUUUCAUAUACAGCCACAAAAACGUCGCUUGAAAAGUGAAUUAGCUUUCUUUCAAUCUCUAUUAUGAUUACUCCAACUCAUUUAAUUUGCGAAUGCAAGCAAACUCUUUUUGAGCCAAAUUCCUAAGAACCAUAUUCAAGUUCAGAAAGGGAAAGGAAAUAUUGCCAUCACUUGUUUAUGUUGUGGUUCAAAUUUUUCCUUGGUUUAAAAUUUUUCAAACCAGUUUAAUUUUUACUCUCCUUCGUCUAAAAUCAAUUACAGUCGAACCUCUCUAAUACGGACACCGAAGGGACAGAGCAAAGUGUCCGUAUUAGAGAGGUGUCCGUUGCAUAGAGGUCAUGAAUAUUACGUCACAAUAAAGGCUCCAUUGAUGGUAUUAAGUGUUCUUUAAGUCAAAAUUGGCCCAAAAAAGGCUUUGAGGUGCAUUUGAAUUGUUUAAUGGACAGUGCAAAUCUUUACAAUACAAGCUGUACAAUUCCAAAAACAUAUGGAAAACUAUAAUACAGUUUCGGAACAGUAACAUAAUAGAACAGUAACAAGUGUAGCGAACACUAACAUACAGUAGAGUAUUUAAUGAAAGUUCUUUGUUAUUGAUUCAUUUUGCGUUAAAGAAGUCUGUAAUGUUCUUCUGAACAGCAUUCGCUACUCGUUUUUUGACAUACAACGACUGAGCUUUUGAAAUAAUCUUCAAAGAAUAAGAAAUCUUGAUGAUAAAUGGCAAUGACAUGUCGAUAGUAUAAUUUUUACCGAUUGAAAACGUGAUACUGUUAUCGUAUGAACAAGGAGACAAUUGAUUACACUCUGAUAUGUAACGACAAACAGGAAAUCGUGUUGAAUAAGAACUGUCAUCAUUGGAGUGUCCGUAAUAAAGAGGUUCAGUUUGUAUGAAUUUUCUCUCUGGGGCCGAGAUUUCGUGUCCGUUGUCCGUAUUAUAGAGGGUCCGUAUUAGUAUAGGUAAUAGCAUGAUUUGUAGUGAUAUUUGGCAUAAAUAUCACGAGUGAUAUUUCGAAAUUGUUAUACGUAAUUUCACGAGCCGUUAGGCGAGUGAAAUUUGAGACAAUUUUGAAAUAUCACGAGUGGUAUUCAUGCCAAAUAUCACGUACAAAUCAUGCUAUUAUUUGUUUAUACUACUACCCACAAAAGGUUUGUAAUUUUCACAUGUGGGUAUUUCAAAUUAAGCUGAAAUACCACUGCUCUAAGCCAAUCAAAUUGCAGUAAUUUCUCAUGUAGUAGUAUAAUAGAGGUUAUUUUUACAAAGAAUGUAUGGGCAUUUUCCCGGGACCAAGUGAACUGUCCGUAUUAGAGAGGUGUCUGUAUUAGAGAGGUGUCCGUAAGGAGAGGUUCGACUGUACCAUAAUCAGACACAAAGAAAAACAAAAAAUAAACUGGUUUGAAAAAUUUUAAACCGAGGAAAAAUUUAAACCACAACAAUUACAUCCUCCAUAAAACGUAAAACUAGGCAUUUUCCCUUCAUAGUCAUGGUGUGACAGCAAAGAAACCUGCAAGAGACGUUUUAAAAUUCAGAUGGGCGACAUGGGACCCCUCCCCUGGCAGGGCCUCAAUAUAUUGUUUUCAGAAAAAGUUGUGAUUAGACAAUCUUCUUCCCAGUGUCCUGGAUUAAGUGUCUGCGCUGUAAUAGGUUUAAAAGUUAACCCAAAAGGAAAUUAUCCUCCACUUUCCUCCACUUUUGUGUGGGACUGUUUCUUAUGUUGUACGUGGACAACAUUGUUCUAGCUAAGUUUAGAGUCAAUCUGUGGACAACUCAGUAGACUCUAUUUUUUAUUAUUAUUAUUUUUUUUAUCAAUGGUACUUUCUUUUGACAGGUCUUAUGGCUCUGUAUUUAAAGCAAUGCAUAAAGAGACAGGACAGGUUGUUGCAAUUAAACAAGUUCCAGUUGAUACAGAUUUGCAAGAAAUCAUCAAAGAAAUAAGCAUGAUGCAACAAUGUGAUAGGUACAUGAUAUAAAGUAAAUUCUACUCCACACUCUACAUUUUUGCUGUUUUUCUAUUUCUAAUUAAUUGAUUAUGAUAAAUUUGUUCUUUAUUAACUUUGAAUUCUCUUUUUAUAGCCCAUAUGUGGUUAAGUAUUAUGGAAGCUACUUCAAGAACACAGAUCUUUGGGUAUGGUUAACCUGUAGUUUGUGUUGUUUGUACAAAUGAGUAUGUGUAUUUGUACCUUCUGUAGCCUGCUUGCAGGAUAAGAGAAUGAAAUAAUUUCAUCUUUAAGAACAACCCAUAGAGCCUUACAUGAUACCCACACACUGGCUGAGCUAUUUAACUCUGGAGAGAGGCCAAACUACCAGGAAUCUACUCACUCAAGUGCUAUACAGCAACUGGUCAAGCCUCUUGAAACAGGAACAUUUCAUAAGUGGCAUAGUCUUGAUGAAUGUAGAGCUAUGCCGUAGAAAAGUCAUCAAUAAGCCAUUUAUUUCAUAUAUCAUUAACACUCAUUUCUUUCACGGGAACAUAUGAACCCACAAUUGACCUGCUCCCAACGUCAGUGGCGUCAUAGCUCAGUUGGUAGAGCAUCGCACCGGUAUCGCAAGGUCAUGGGUUUGAACCCCGUUGAAUCCUGAAUUUUUUUUUCAGGCUUUUUUACACAAUUGCAUAAAUUGCAUUCACUGCGAUGAUCAUUUCUUCAUUUUCAUUUCAUUUCCCCAGUUCAUAUAUGAUUUAUUUCAUAUAUCAUUAACAAGCCAUUAUUAUUAUUAUUAUUAUUAUUAUUAAAUUUAAAAAGUUAUGAAGAGAGUGAAACAUGAAUAUGAAUCACACUGUUGUAAAUUACUCAUUAUUUGAACUGAUUUUUAAGGGUGUUUCUAACUUUAUAUGACUUUCUUAGAUUGUUAUGGAAUUCUGCGGUGCAGGAUCUGUUUCAGAUUUGAUGAAAAUAAGGAAUAAAACUGUAAGUGGAGAGUGUUGUGUAGAUGUACAUGUAUGUAAUCCUUAACCUGUGUGUUAUAUAGUAUUUCAUUACCUUGUACCAUCAUCAGAUAUAUCAGAAGUUUUUAUUUUUUUGGAGGCAUAAUGGUUAAGCCCCAUACUAUUUAUUCUUCAUUCAAAUAAUUCCAGUCCAUUUCUGAUAGCUUAAUUAAUCAGCUAGUCAGUGAUUUUUCAGCAUUUUGCUAACACGAACCAAACUUGGAGGAUUGAUGUCAUUGGUUUACUAUAUUAUUGCUUAGAAUGAAUUAUGUCGAAGUAGGUUGUCUUGCCAAGAUGUGUGCUAUCUCAGGUAUAACAGCUUGUACUAACGCUAAGGUAUGGUGCUUUGCACCACUACAUUUAGCAACUCUCUGAAUAAACAGAACUUCUUCAGGGAUCUUUGGUAAUGUUUGGAAGUUGUCAGAUCAUCUUUAGCACGGUUCAGUAGUCAUUGGCUUUAUUUGGAAAUCCUGGUAUUUUAUGAACAUGGAAAUCACACUCAUGUG